GAUGACAAAGAUGUCUCCGUUUUGUUAUUCGCAAAUUACAUAAGUAGAAAAAACAACUUUCCUUAGUCCUUGACAGGUUUUAUUAAAUUUAAUACAUGUCAUCUCAUUGAAAUCUAAAAGUGACAUGGAUCGCAUAUUUAAGCUAUCAGAUCAAGAAAAAGAAAUCGUCAAAGAAAUUAGAAGAAAGAACUUUUACAGUGCUGUUGUUCCAUUAAGUUUAGGUAACAUAAUUAUCUGCAGAAUGUUAAUUGUUAGAGGAAGGAUUUCAUCAAAGUAUAGCCUACUUAAAUAUACAGGUGCUGUGACGUUGGGUUUUAUGAUAGGGAGAGCAUCUCUUCCAGGCCAAAUUGCGCGAGAGCUAGCGUUACGUUGCCCGGAAGGUGAAUUUAUGAAACUGAAUGAAAAAAUGAAUAACCUGCCUGCUGAAGAAAGGAGAAACCUUCUUACAAAAAUAAGGAAAGGUGAACAAUUAUCACAGGAUUUAUUGGCAGGAUUCCAGUCAGCACCACAAGAUGCUGAACAACCAAGUACAACAGAACCCGUGUUGGAAUCCACAGAUCAACAAGCAAGUGGAGGACAACCUCAAAAGACAGAUUCUGAUAAACCUUCGUUUUCCUAUGCUGAACAGAGGGGAAAUUAUAAUAAUAGUGCUUCAAGAAACAUAAGUCAAGGGACUGCACAACCUCAAACUCCAGCCUCCGGUUCACCUUCAUUUUCUUAUGCUGAGCAGAGGGCUAAACAGAAUUAUCCUGAAACAACCUACAAAAAUAAAGGGCCGUCCAAUAGAGAUCAAAGUAGUCCACCAUCAGAACCACGUAGUAUAGAUUACAAUUUUAGUCAACCUAAUGACCGACCCGAUAGGAAACCUACACCGGAAGACUUGCCGAGUUCAUCAGGACAUGCUAGAAGAGCUCGGAGAAAUCAAUAUGGUGAUGAAAUGGAAUGAGAGAUUGACUAAAUCACUGAUAAACAAUUAGAACCCGAUCCUAGGAAUGUUGAUGUCCGAAUAAUUCUACAUGACUAUGUUUGAUACAUGACUGUACAAGUGUCAAUAAAAUAAUUUGUUAAA